UCCGAGGUGCUGGUGCCGGCCGAAGCCCCGGGCAGCGCUUUGUCGCGUCCGCCCCUCGGUGAUCAGCUCCGGGUCCCCCUGCUCGGCCCCACGCGCCCCGAGCGCAGUCCCCGGAAGUGCGCGCCGGGGCCCCAGCGAAGAGACAGCUUGGUGACCUUGGUGUGUCUGCUCAGCUCAAGCUGCCAACACUUACUGACACCCUCGUGUGCCAGGCACAGUUCCAGGCCUUGGAAGCAGAGAUGAACAAGAUACUUUUUGUGCCCAAGGAGCUCAGCAAUCCAGUGUGGAGACAGACAAGGGAAUCAGAGAUAGUAAUGCAAUGUUUUGCUGUCCAUCUCUCAUUACAAGUCUGAGAACCCAACUGGGGCCAAGCAAGUUUUAGAACCUCUACUAGCUGAUGCCAACAUCGUCAGAGAUGAACUGUUCUUACCAGAAACUUCUCUGCUCCUGACAGCACACCUCUCCCCAGGAAACAUUUGCCAGACAGAUGAAGAGAAGGGGGGCAUUUAGGCAAAAGGAAGACUGUGACCAAAAGCAUGAAGAGAGGAAAGGGCUUGCUCUACUUGGGGAAACUAAAAAAGAGAAGGAGAGUGGCCACGUUGAUUCAGCCAAGCACCUCCAGGAGGUCCCCUCUGGAUGUCCCAUGAGGCUGCCCCUCAGCCACAACCCAGAGCACGUGGAGAUGGCUUUGCUCAGCAACAUCCUAGCGGCCUAUUCUUUUGUCUCAGAAAAUCCUGAGCGAGCAGCUCUGUACUUUGUUUCUGGCGUAUGCAUCGGGCUGGUGCUGACCCUGGUUGCUUUGGUGAUAAAGAUCUCUUGCCACACAGACUGCAGGCGGCGUCCCAAGAAGAAGUUCCUGCAGGACAGAGAGAGCAGCAGCGACAGCAGCGACAGUGAGGACGGUAGUGAGGACACCGCGUCCGAUCUCUCCGUGCGGAGACACCGCCGCUUCGAGAGAACUUUGAACAAGAACGUGUUCACCUCCGCGGAGGAGCUGGAGCGCGCCCAGCGGCUGGAGGAGCGCGAGCGCAUCAUCAGGGAGAUCUGGAUGAAUGGCCAGCCUGAGGUGCCCGGGACCAGGAGCCUGAACCGCUACUAUUAGGGAGCAGUAGGACCCCCGGACACCACUGGAGGCCGCCUGGAAGGGAGAGGAUCUGCAGGGACAGUGGGCACAAGGAACUGAACCCAGCUCUGCUAAUACUGUGAUUUCAGAGAAAAACCAGGACAUGCCCCUUUUCUAGCCAGGGGGAUUGCUCCUUUUUACCCAAAUGUAUGGAGAAGUAGAAAAAUCAAAGCAGUUCAUCAAUCUUCCAGGUCUUGGAAUGGUGCUGAAAAACCCUCUCCAACACUGUGGAUGGAGAUCAGAGAAACGCGACUUUGGUUUCUCUUGAUUUCUGAGGAUCUCAGAAGUUUCUGCAGACUUCCUUGCUAUGUGUUAUUCCUUUGCAAAAGGAAAGAUCAUUAUAGUAUGAGGGCUUGGAAUAGCGGGGUGAACUUAACCCAAUAAAUGCAAUUUCCUAAAUGACUCCAUGCUAUGGAGGUGAUUCGGAUUCAAAUAGCGUGAUCCAUGCUUAUUAUUUAAGGCUGAUUUUUAAAAUCUCGUUUUGCAAGGGCAACGCCGUCCAUUUUAACUGGCACCUCAGGGAUUAAAAUCCUAUUUUUUAGUAUAGUUCCCAUCUCAUUCAUGAAAAAUGAAUAGAACUAUUGUAUUAUGGGAGAUGUGUCAGUGAACUAGAAAAUGUCAAUAACCUCAAAGGAUGAAGGGUUUUUAUUUUAAAUAGUUUAUAAAAUAUAUAUUGACAUGCAUAUUUGAAAAUGCUGCAUAAAAAUAAAAGUGGUGUGUUUUCCCCCUCUUUGGAGACAAGAAAAUUUUAUUAUGAUUCUAGAUAAUUGUGAUUUUAAACACUUUGUUUUUUUAAAAAAAGUUUGAAUUUCAAAGAAAAGAAUGGAAAUGAGAGGUAAGGAUUAAAGACAAAGUUAGGAUGGGAAUUAAAAAAAUAAACAUUACAUAAAACCUU